GUGGAAAAAGUGAUUGAUAAGAAAGAAGAAAACGAAGCUGUGUAUUACUAUCUCAAAUGGAAAAAUUUUGAUGAGUCAUAUAAUUCUUGGGAACCUGCUCAGAAUCUUAAUUGUCCAGAAUUGAUACAAGCUUUUAAUCUUGAGAAAGCGUUAGAACAAUGGUUAAUAGAAGAAGAUUUGUGCAUUCUUAGACAGCAACCGCAAAAUGAUACAAAUUGCAAAAAAUCAAAAACGAAGAAUAUGGUCAAAUUCGAGCAUUCACACCAAACCUUUGUUCAUAAUGAUGAGCCACCAAUUCCAAUCUUCAACGAUAUCGAUAAUCAAGGAAUCCCUCUAGAAUUCACAUAUGUUGAUGAUUAUGUAUAUGGAGAAAAUGUUCCUCGUCCAGAACAAUAUCAAGGCCCUAUAGUUGGAUGUGAAUGUGAAUUUGGUAAAUGUAAAGGGAAACAAUGUAAUUGCUUAAAAAAAGAAAAUGGAGGCCGCCUUUACUACAACCGUACAAGUGGAACCGUGAAUUUAGAACCUGGGAACGCAAUUAUUGAAUGUAAUGAUGCAUGUUCUUGCGAUUUGUCAUGUCCUAAUCGAGUAACACAACGUCGGCGAAACGUCAACUUGGGACUGAAAAGAUUCGCGGAAAAAGGAUGGGGAGUUAUCGCAUUACAAUAUAUUCCAAAAGACUCGUUUAUUACUUAUUAUCUUGGAGAAAUUAUAACGUCACAGGAGGCAGAUUUACGAGGAAAUAAAUAUGAAGUAGAGAAAACUUAUUUAUUCGAUAUUGAUUUUUAUGAUGACGAUAGUACAGCAACAUCAUUUUUUACAGUCGAUGCUUGUAAAUAUGGAAAUAUUUCACACUUUUUUAAUCAUUCAUGUGACCCUAAUCUUGUGGUAUUUCCGGUGCUUAAUGGUAAAUGUGAUAUAAGACUUCAUCAUAUUGCCUUUUUUGCAAAAAGGGAUAUCGAAUUUGGAGAGGAACUUACUUUUGAUUAUGUUGGAGCGAUUGAAUCAAGGCAUGAGAGCGAUGUUAUUAGAAUGGAAGUGGACGUUAAAAUACAAGAAGAGAAAUUGAAGUACGAAUGUAAAUGUAAAUCAGAGAAUUGUCGAGGGUAUUUUCUUGCAGUUUGA